GCAGGGCUCGGCAGUCAGCAUGGCAGGGAAAAUGGCGCUCCUUUUGGCAGUGACAGUUCUGGCUGUGCUGGCUUGCCUCAAAGAAGCCAAUGGUGCCUGUGACUAUAACUGUCCACAAUACGUAUCACCCAUAUGUGGAAGGGACUCUUAUGGUACUGGUACCACAUCUGCUUUCAUCAAUUAUUGUGAAAUGCAGCGUUUCAACUGCAGAAACAAUAAAAGUUUUGUGACCACUAGUCGAGACCUCUGCCCUGCAUUAAAAAAACAGUAACAGAAUUUGUCUUUGUAUAUCUUCUUUCCUGUUUCAUCAUGCAGCAUGAAACAAAAUUUUGUAAUAAGUAAUUGUAAUUUAA